AUGAAUGGAGGUUACAGCGACAAGCUGUACCAUAGACGGAGGGCCGGAUCGAAAUCUGCGAGGGGCCGUGUUCGGCCCGCGGGCCUUGGGUUUGACACCAGUAACCUGAGCUCUCUGCUUUCUUCGCAAAUCAUUGAUUCUGUUUUUAUUUUCUCAGCUAAUCCCAGAGUCAACGUGGAGCUGCGACAGCGUCUGCCCCCACCGGCAACACAGCAACCCAGCAACUCAACCCAGCAACCCAGCAACUCAACCCAGCAACUCAGCAACUCAACCCAGCAACCCAGCAACUCAACCCAGCAACCCAGCAACUCAACCCAGCAACCCAGCAACUUAACCCAGCAACCCAGCAACUCAACACAGCAACCCAGCAACUCAACCCAGCAACCCAGCAACUUAACCCAGCAACCCAGCAACUCAACACAGCAACCCAGCAACUCAAUCCAGCAACCCAGCAACUCAAUCCAGCAACCCAGCAACUCAACACAGCAACUCAGCAACUCAAAACAGCAACCGCCCUGUGCAGGGCGGAUGGAUGUGGAUGCUUCCCCCAGCCGAAGCCCCUCUCCCUGGGCAGAGGUGUGCGGAGACGCCCCUGAUGUUUCUGGGAGUCAGCUGGUCAGCUCUCAUCAGGAAGUCGUGUUUGGACCAAUCACAGCGUCCGGUCGAGUUGAGACUUUUGAUCAAGACAAAAACGUCUCGUUUUUACUGAAGGAGCUCGACACUCUGAGAGAGACCAACAAGAAGCUGCAGGAGGAACUGGUCCAGAAGGAGACGGAGCUGCAGAGGAGAGAGGUGGAGGAGGAGCUGGGGGGGGAGAGGAGGGAGGCCCAGCACUGGGAGAGGUCUGAAGCGGUGUUGGGCGAGCUCUUGGCGGCUCAGAAGGACAGAGAUCAGGCUCUGAUGUCACGACUCCUGCUGGCCAAUGAGGAGAGAGACGAGGCUCUACUUCGCGCACGUCAACUGCAGCAGGCGGCCGAGUUGGAGAGUUUUCCCCUGGAGGACGUCGACAUGGACGUGAGCGAGCUGCUGCAGCGUGUCUGCGGUGCCGACUCGGUCCGGGACGUCCAGCGGGUCGGCUCGGCUCUGGUGCAGCGUCUGCGCUCGGCGCUGCAGCGGAGGAGUGACAUCACAGCACAGGAGAUGAAGGCCGUGAUGGAGGAGAGAGACGGCUCCAUCGCCAAGUAUAAACGUCUCGAACAGGAAGUGAUGCGGGAGAGAGAGCAGAGGGCGAGCGAGAUGGAGCUGCUGAGGCUUCAGAGAGAAAGGGGCGGGGCCCUGGAGGACCGACGUCAGCUGGAGGCGGGGCUACAGCUGCUACGAGUCAAUCACAGUGACAGCGUCUCUCCAGCAGCUUCGUUAGCGGCCGCUAAUCAGACACCCCUCCAUGCUCCGCCCCCCAAGACUCCGCCCCCUCGUGCCACGCCCCCUGAGACUCCAACCCUUCGUGCCACGCCCCCUGAGACUCUGCCCCUGCAGGAACAGGUGCAGCAGCUGUGGAAGGAGAAGCAGAGCGUGGAGGCGGAGCUUCAGCGCUGCCAGGAGGCGGAGCGAGAGGCCAGCGAGAGAGUCCGCAGGUUGGAGCGUCUGGUGGAGGUUUUGAGGAAGAAGGUGGGGACAGGAAGUCUCCGCGCCGUCAUCUGAUCACUUUGAUUCUGUUUCAUAAUGAUUUUACUGUUUAUAUCUAACAUGUAUUAUGUUUUCUUCUUCCUCCUUUCUCUAAAAGUCUGUAAAGUUUCUGUGUUCAGGUGGAAUUAUGUAACAUUUCUAACAACAUGGUUCAUAUGUUUCUGAUUAAUAAAGACUUAUUACAUAUUAA